AUGUGCGGGGGCCCGAUCCCCGGCCGCAGCUCGACCAGAGGCGGCCCGAGGUGGCCUGGCCACGGGGGCGGGCGGCGGCGAGCGGCGGCGGCCGUGGUGGUGCCGCUGCGGUGCUCGGUGGCGGCCAGGGAGAAGGGGAAAGGAUCAGCUGAACUUUCGGAGACCUCUGAGUCUGAUAGGGCUCUCUACAGCAUCAAUCUGGCAUGCCCCGCCCUACUCGGCACGGCUGUAGCUAAGGGCACCGUCGACUUCAUCUUCGGCAACGCCACCGCUGUGUUGCAGGACUACAACCUUCAUGCCCGCCGUCCGCUCCCCAACCAGAACAGCAUUUUCACGACGUGGGCCCGGGAGGACCCCAACCAGAACACGGGCGGAUCUGGCCACGUUGCCGCCGGGGCGCCCCGCACGUACCUGGGCCAUCCUUGGAAGCAGUACUCACGCACCGUGUUCCUGCAGUCAGAGCUGGACGCAAUGGUCAACCCCAUCGGGUGGAUAGCCUGGGACGACGACUUCACGCCCGACAAGUUCUGA